UAUAUCAAACAAGCCCUUAUACAACAAGCCAAACAAACCCUAGAAGAGUUAAAUAUAAAUUUUAAAAAAUAAAUUUAGACAGUAUCUACAAAAAUAAAAUAAAAUAAUAAAUAGAAGAAAGAAAUAGGCAAAAUUUCUCAAAGAGGGGUUAAACAGAAAAUAAUUUGAAGAAAACUGGGCAAAGUUAUAAUAACCGAAAAAUAGAAGGGUAAAAGUGUAAAUAAGAAAAGAAAAGAGAAAGUGUUAGGGAUUCCAUCUCAUCUCACUCCUCUUUGACCUUUCCCGAUCGCCUCUCCUUCCGGCAAACCCAUUCUCUCUCUCUCUCUCUCUCUCUCUCUCUCUUUCUCUCUCUCUGGUUUUAGGGUUUCUGAGCUCCAAAGAUAUGGUGAGAGGACUUUUCAACAAGCUUGUUUCUCGCUCUCUCUCCGUCGCCGGCAAAUGGCAACAACAACAGCUUCGCCGUCUCAACAUCCACGAAUAUCAGGGAGCUGAGUUGAUGGGGAAAUAUGGAGUCAACGUGCCUAAAGGUGCUGCAAUCGCUUCUUUGGAUGAAUUGAAAGAGACUAUUCGGAAGGUGUUUCCUAACGACAAUGAGUUGGUGGUUAAAAGCCAAAUUUUGGCUGGUGGAAGAGGUUUAGGAACGUUUAAGAAUGGUCUCAAGGGUGGAGUACACAUUGUCAAGACGGACCAGGUUGCAGAUAUUGCUGGGAAGAUGCUUGGGGAGAUACUUGUAACAAAACAGACUGGUCCUCAGGGAAAAAUUGUUAGCAAGGUUUAUUUAUGCGAAAAGUUGUCACUUGUCAAUGAAAUGUACUUUGCCAUCACUCUGGACAGAAAAACUGCCGGUCCGCUUAUUAUUGCUUGCAGUAAAGGAGGAACUAGCAUUGAAGAUCUUGCUGAGAAAUUCCCAGAUAUGAUUAUCAAGGUUCCCAUUGAUGUUUUCAAGGGAAUUACAGAUGAAGAUGCUGCAAAGGUAGUGGAUGGAUUGGCUCCCAAAGGUGCCGACAGAAAAGAUUCUAUUGAACAAGUGAAGAAGCUAUAUAAGUUGUUUUGUGAGAGCGAUUGCACUUUGUUGGAAAUAAAUCCGCUGGCUGAGACUUCCGAUAACCAGCUGGUAGCUGCUGAUGCUAAGUUGAAUUUUGACGAUAAUGCCGCAUUUCGCCAGAAAGAAAUAUUUGCUUUACGUGAUCCAACACAGGAGGAUCCUCGGGAGGUUGUUGCUGCCGAAGCAGAUUUGAAUUAUAUUGGACUGGAUGGGGAGAUUGGCUGCAUGGUGAAUGGGGCUGGUCUAGCAAUGGCUACAAUGGAUAUAAUUAAACUGCAUGGGGGAACUCCUGCUAACUUUCUAGAUGUUGGUGGGAAUGCUUCUGAAGGCCAGGUGGUUGAGGCAUUUAAGAUCUUGACAUCAGAUGAUAAGGUGAAAGCGAUUUUGGUUAACAUAUUUGGAGGAAUUAUGAAGUGUGAUGUAAUAGCCAGUGGUAUUGUCAACGCUGCUAAACACGUUUCUUUGAAAGUACCAGUAGUUGUUCGUCUCGAAGGCACUAAUGUCGAUCAAGGAAAGAGAAUUCUGAAGGAAAGUGGUAUGGCAUUAAUCACAGCAGAGGAUUUGGACGAUGCUGCUGAAAAAGCAGUGAAAGCAGCAUAUAAAUAAUCAGUGUGAUAAUUCUGGUUCCUUUAUUAUAAUUUUAUUUCAUCAUACAUAUAUAUAAUUCUUUUUGAGGCAAAACUAAUUUGCACUUUCUGUGCUUUUUUUGCUGUGAAAGCAUUGAAGAAUAUUUUGUCUACUGAAAACUGUAACAAGAGUUGUCAAUGAUUCUCAAUAAUGUUUUCUUCUCAAAUUUCAUUGGAAGAGUUUUUUGCA